AUGUGUAAAACUGAAAUUUGCGGAAUUUGCAACAAGAAAUCAUGGAGUGGAUGCGGUGAACAUAUUCAUGAAAUUAUGGACAGGACUUCAAAGGAUGGAUGGUGUACUUGUGAACCAUUAGAUGCUGAAGAAACCGUAUACGUUGCUGGUCAUGGUAUAUAUCCUCCAAGAGCAGGUACAGGAUUGAGAAGAGGAAGUACUGUCCACAUAGCCACUACUCCACCAAGAGACUUUAGUAAACUCGCUGUUCUUUAUUAA